AUGGGAGUGCCAGAGAACAGCGACAGUCAGGUCAGAGCCGAUGACACCAAUGACCGACUACCCGACAAAUCUUACCAGUCCGGUGGCGGUAUCACUCCUAUUGAUAGCCAGCCGAAAGAUGACAUCGAUCCGCAGGAAGAGAGAGCAUUCUUGUGGCGUCUCGACUUGUUCUUCCUCACAAUUGGCUUCUUGGGUUACAUGUUCAAAUACAUUGACCAAACAAACAUCAGCAAUGCUUAUGUUUCUGGAAUGAAAGAGGACUUGAGCCUAUUCGGAAAUGAGCUCAACUACUUCACCACCUUUUUCAACAUCGGAUACAUGAUUAUGCUGUAUCCAUCCUGCAUUGUCAUAUCACACUUUGGUCCUUCCAAGUGGUUACCGGCAUGCGAGCUCAUCUGGGGUGUUCUCACAUGCUGCUUGUCCGUUGUCACAAGUGCCAAGCAGGUUUACGGUCUCCGAUUUCUCAUCGGGUUGUUCGAAGGCACCGCAUGGCCCGGAUACUUCACGCUGAUAUCUCAAUGGUACAUGCCCCACGAAGUGGCUCUUCGCAUGAGCCUUUACAACAUCGCCCAACCCGCAGGCGCCAUGUUGUCAGGAGCAAUGCAGGGUGCGCUGUCCACCAACUUCGAAGGUGUAGCUGGCAGAUCGGGCUGGAGAUGGGCUUUCAUCAUCAAUGGUGCCUGUACCAUCGUCGUGGCUCUCGCGGCUUUCUUCAUCCUCCCCGGCUAUCCUGAACGUCCGAACCCUCUUUCCAAGUUUUAUAUGACGCCUAGACACAUCGAGAUCGCCCUCGCGCGUGGCCGCCGGGUCGGCCGCAAGCCGCAGAUUGGUAUUACCGUCAAGUCCUUCCUGAGGUGCUUCACCUUUUGGCAGCUCUGGGCGAUCGCAAUCGCGUGGCCCAUCGGUGGCAACUUCACGCCCGCCAGCUACUUCAACCUGUGGCUCAAGUCCCUGAAGAAUCCCGACGGUACAGCCAAAUACUCUGUAGCCAUGCUCAACUACCUACCGAUUGCCGGUCAAGGUGUGCAGCUUAUCUCCGAACUCUUGUUCAGCGGUUUCAGCGGCUACUUUGGCGUCCACCUCCCGUUCUUGCUUAUCCAUUCGGCUAUCAACAUCGCCUCGCAGAUUAUCCUGAUCGUCCGCCCAAGCAAUGAGCAAGCAUACAUGGCCGGCUGGUACAUGAACUACAUCGGAGCUGUCUCGACCAUGCUCCUUUGUUCGUGGGGUUCGGCUCAUCUCCAGCACGAGCCCGAGGUGCGCACCGUGUUGUUCGCCAGCGGCACCGUCAUCGCGUACAUCAUGAGCGCCUUCAUCCCCAUCGCCGCCUUCCCCGCCUCGGAAGCACCGAACUGGAGGAUCGGGUCGAAGCUGUAUCUCGCGUUCGCGCUGGUGGCCGUGGUGAUCUUCAUCGGGAUACACUUUGCGUUCAAGUGGGACGAUAAGAAGAAGGCGAGAGAAGCUGCCAAGGAGAGUUCCGUUGGCGAGCCUGAUGACGCAAAUGCCGGAGUCAAGAGCACGGACGGCAAACAUUGA